AUGAGGCGCCGGCUCUGUUCAACUGCGGCGGUCACCAUAACCGACCCCCUCGUCAAAUACCAGUCCCUGGUCCAAACGGGCGUCUAUCUUCCCGACCCGGCCCAGCACCGAUUGGCUCUCCACCUUCAAAAGCUCUACAAAAGGCUCAAGGAUUAUGUGCCGUCGCCAGAGUAUCGUUCCCGUCUCCGACAGGUGACCAAGGCCGUCGAGGCCUCCUCUCGGUCUACCGUCGGUGACGACCUAGCAGCCCCAGGCCACCCGCUCCGGAGGAAUCCGUUGUUUGCACGCUUCUUCAAGCCGGAUGGAGAGGCCCAAGCGAGCGCCGAUGCAAAGGCGCUCACUCGGGUCCUGACGAACCACCAGGCCGCGCUCGAGGCGGACUCGCCGCGCGGCCUGUUCCUCUCGGGCGAGGUGGGCACCGGCAAGUCGAUGCUCCUGGACCUGUUGGCCGACGGGCUGCCCACGCGGCUGAAGCGGCGCUGGCACUUCAACACAUUCAUGUUGCACGCAUUUUCGCGUCUGGAGCAGUACCGACGACAGCAGGGCUUGAGCGGCGGCGGCGCCGGCGAUGACGCGACCAAUUACUCGCUCAUCUGGUUGGCCAAGGAGAUGGUCGAGUCCAGCCCCAUCCUGUUCCUGGACGAGUUCCAGCUGCCGGACCGUGCCGCGAGCAAGCUCCUCAGCAACCUCUUCAUCGCCUUCUUCCAGCUUGGAGGGGUCUUGGUGGCAUCGUCCAACCGCGUGCCCGAAGAGCUUGAGCGCGCCUCUGGUGUCACCUUUACGCCACCUGCCGUCGGUGGCCUGGCUCACAGGCUCUUUGUGAGCAUGGGAGCCGCGAAUCCAAAGCGCAGUGGUGAGCUUUUUGGCUCAUCGAGUGACUUUGCCGCGUUUCUUGAGGUUCUCAAAGCCAGGUGUGACUUUUUCCAUAUCGAGGGAACCAAGGACUGGAGGCGAAGGGAUGAUGCGCCCAAUCUAAGUGAUGCACUUGCUGCUAGGCAGCAUCAUUUACCUACAAUUGCUGAGUUUUCUCAGGCUGGAGCGAUAGGGGCUGUUGGGGACACUGCUGCAUCACAGUCCUCUACAAACCCAGAGCAAGAAAGUAAGAGUGCCUUGCCACGCAAAUAUUUCUUGAGCUCUGAAUCAGAUGGAACGAACAACAUGCUACUCACUUCCGAGCUAGCUUCGGCAGACUGGCAAGCAGCCGAGCUGUCGGUGUACGGCCGGCGUGUUUUGGUGCCCAAGCAACAUGAGGGCGUUGCUCUAUGGAAAUUCGAGGACCUUGUCUCAUCUCUGGGACCAGCCGACUAUAUAACCCUGGCCUCAAACUAUCAUACUUUUAUUAUCGACAAUGUACCGGUCCUCCCGACAUCCAAGAAAAAUGAAGCACGGAGAUUUAUCACAUUUCUGGACGCCCUUUACGAGGCACGCUGUAAGCUCGUCGUAAGGGCCCAGGCGGGACCUGACGACAUCUUUUUCCCAGACAUGAGGCCAUCGAAAUCUUCCGAUACUGCCGGUGGCAACAAAGAUACUGUCGGACCGGUGGAAGACGGAGACGCAACAUACUCCGAGACUGUUGCCGAGGUAUACCAAGACCAGCUGGCGCCCUUCCGACCCAACAUAUCUACCUACGAAUCCGAAGCGCGUACGUCAAAGUACGACCCGGAUCAAGACUCAGAUUUUGGCCUGGACGAUCGCCACAACUCCAGGGCUGGAAUGUCGCCGCACGGCAACAGGCAUGCGGUGAACUUUGCAGACGCUGGCGCCUUCACGGGAGAAGAUGAACGUUUUGCCUACCGCCGGGCAGCCAGCCGGCUCUGGGAGCUCUGCAGCGCCAGGUGGCACGCGCGUGAGGAGCCCGGCUGGUGGCAGCCGCUACCUGUAGAAGCUAGACACUGGGAGGGAAGGUCCGUGACGAAACCGAUGGGGCCAGGUACCCAUCUGGAUCACCGAAUCGGCCUCAAGACAGAUGCACAAAUGGGGUCCUCGAUCGCAUUGGACGAGCCGGCGGGCCUUGAACGCUUCAGACUUGCUGAAUUGAGGAAAGCCAGCUCCGAAUCGGGCAAUUGA